AUGCCCCCGGACGCUCAUAAGUACUUAGAAACAUCGCACAACCAUGAUCGCCUCAGCUACGAAUACACUUCGCAUUUAGAUGAUCCGCGUACCGGCUUGCAUCCCCAUUCAUCAAAUCAUUACCGGGUCUAUUCCAUGAACCGAUACCCUUCUUUAUCCGAAACUACAUACCCUGCUGAUCAUGAUACCCUACCUCCUCUCAACGCCAAAUCCCAUUAUUCACAAGAAGAACACUCCUCGCGGUCGCCGCUUGGACAAUAUCGCUCCACCUUGAGAGAGCACCAUACUCUUUCAUCCAGCAAUUUGCAAAACAUAUCGCAAGACAAUCGUGGAUACAGCUCUCUUCCUGAUAGAGCGACAGGGUAUGCUUCUCAGCCUGGGACAUCGCGCUAUGCAUCAUCUCGAAGAGUAUCAAAUGCAUCGGAUGCAUCUGAGCACUCUCAUCCGGAUUCUCAUCUGGAUGAUACACAUUCAGACGAAGCGACACAUAAGCUGCUAUCAUUUCCAUCAAUGGAGCAGACGUCCUCCAUUCCCAUGAGUAACAAUCCUUCGCGUCCCUUUCAGCAUGGAAAUGAUCAACAUCAUGAUUAUGAACCUACUUAUCAUCACGAUCUACAACACGGAGAACACUUAUACUCGCAACCACAUAUCCACUAUUCACAAUCUCAUCACCCUCCAGGACAUUAUCACCAACAUCGACACCUGAACGCGGCCACAAGUAAUCCUGCCACUCCUACACAAUCACAUUCUCAUACCAGCUUCAGUCCAAUCAACAGAAGAAACACCCCCAACGUCGUUCUCCCCUCACUCCCGCCGACUUUGCCAUAUCCUCAUCCUCCACGAUCGCGGGCAACGUCCGAUCCAUAUUCCAUUAAUGAGGACAGCUACAUCGAGCCCUCAAGUUCAUCCAAAUUUUCUUCUUAUCAUGACUUUGGGACCGGUAGCAAUCUCAAUACUGGCGUCAGCACGCAGAAAAAAAUGCAGUAUGAACGCCUAUCCGCGCCUCCGCCCAGGUUUGAUGCCCCGGCCCCGGAAGACGACAAUAUCCUGUCGAGAGCUGGGAGCGGCCGAACAGAGCAAGAGCGAACAGUUGAGACGACUAUCGCGGAGAGACCUGGCACAGGGCCGGCGUCUACCCCUGCAACAAUACCUCCAAUGAUUGCAGGAACAAUUAAGAAAAAAAAGAAAUCAAAAAUGCAUGAAUGUGAAAUUUGCCACAAGAAAUUUCCUAGCCUCUUAGCAGAGGCGAAAAAGAAAGCAGAAGAUGCCGAUAACGUGUGA